AUGGCUAAUACCCAUUCAUGGGCAAGUUUUUUGACGGCUUUAGAAUCCCGUGGCGUUUCAUUCCAGCAGGUGCAACAUGCUUCAGACAGGCGCGCUGUCAUUGUUGCAGCGGGGUUCACAGAUCCCAUCAGCAUCGCUAUACUGGAGACCGAAUGGAUGAAGCGUAGCGCAGCCGCUCCCGCUGGCUCAGCCCCAGUUGCUGGAAAUGCCGCACGCACCGCGGUGCCAGCAGCAACAGCAGUAGCCGGGUCCACAUCGAUGAGCCCUUACUUUGCAGAUUACACGAAGCUAGAGGACGUGCCGGAAGAGAUCCAGGACCGUGUAGUGACGGCGGAGGUCUUGGCUGCAGUCGUCGGGCACGGUGGAUCACUUCUGCAGGCCUCACGUGACGGCUUUGUGGUCUCGCGGCACGUGCCGAUCACGAUGCGCAGCUUGUGCAAGACAAUUAUCCCCGUUGCGGAUGCCUUUGUUGCUCUCCGCAAGGUAGAGCGUGCGGAGUACAUUGGCAAGAGUCUUGUAGCGAUGGCCCUCGGGGAGGUGGUCUCAGAGGUGUGUACGAGCUACGCGCACGAGGUUGCCAACCUUCAGCGGUGGGCGCAGAACCGUGCAAUGCCAUUAAUGGGUGUUAUCUCGGAGGUGAUGCGCGCCGGACACCACAUUGUGCGACUACGGCAAGUGCUGCCAACAGACGCCAUACUGGAAGAGGAGGGGACACUCUCAAUGGCGGGUUGGCGGCUCCUCAACCACAUCCAUGAGCAGGCGGAGAAGUGCUCAGGUAGCAAGGAGGAUGACGAACUUCUACUGCUCCUGUUGCGCCGGGCAUCGGUGCCAUACUUGCGUGUGCUGCACCGAUGGAUGCACGAGGGUGUGCUGGAAGACCUGUACGGGGAGUUCUUCAUUUCUGAGGCUCGCCCGCUAUCCAGCACCACCACCACAGCAACAUCAACAACAAUGCUGAUGGCAGCCACUGGUAGUGGCAUCAAGAGCUCUGUGAGCCGCAUCUUCCCGAACUCUACUGGCGGUGAUGACUACGGUGAGGCGGCUGCUGAGGAAGCGAUGGCAUUUGAACGACGUUUUUCAAUGAAUAAAAACAUGAUUCCGAGCUUCCUACUAGCGAGUUCAAAAAUCGCCAAGAUGGUGUUCUACACCGGGAAAUACUGCUGUCUUUUGCGUGAAUACAACGGGAGCCUUCCCGUGUUCGGAGAUGUCGCGGAGAAUAUCCUUCUCUGGUCUGGUGCUGAUAAGUUGCUGCGCAUGGUGGAGGAAUCAUAUGAGAUUGCCAGUGGGGAGGUGCUGCAGCUCUUCUUGGGAUCACAAGUAGAUCUUCUUGGACACCUGUCUUCGUUAAAGUGCUACUUCCUUCACCAGCGUGGCGACUGGCUGGUUGACUUCCUUGACAGUGCGGAGGAACUCCUCGUCAAAUCACCUGUGCAGGUAAAAGUUCACUCGGUGCGGGUGCUCCUUCAGGCGGCGAUUUCAAAAUGCUGUGGGACCGACCUCUACCACACUGCCAUUGGUUGCAGCUUCUCUGAUAGUACCAUUGAGCAAUACGUUAAUGGCUCCUUCGAGCAGCAAUCUGAUGAGCAACCUCCGCGAGGUUCAUCCGGCAGGCGGAGUGCAAUGCACAUAGAAACGCAUCGCUGUAUUGAGCUACUCCAACUAGAGGCUGAUCUCAAGUGGCCACUCACAAUGGUUCUUGACCCUCCUGUUUUAAAACAUUUCAACGUCAUCUUUCGCCUCUUCACAUGGCUAAAAAUGUGCGAACGGAACCUCACCACGGCGUGGACAGAGGGUGAAGGUCAACAGUAUCACCCGCAGGCGUAUGGUAUCAAACACCAGUUUAUUCAAUUUAUCCGCCAGUUCCAAUUUUACGCUGCGCAUUUUGUUGUAGAGCCGCUCUGGGGACGCAUGAUGGGCCGCAUCGGCCAGGCAGAAAGUAUCUUCGCUGUUAGCAAUGCUCUGCACGACUUCUUUGAGGGCGUAGAACUCGGCCUUGUGCUCUCGAGCACCCAUCGCUUCCGCAGUCUCGCACGCAUGCUCGAGAUUGCCUCUAGCUUCAGUGAGAUGGGGCGGCGGGAAGUGCUGGCGCGCCUCACCGCUGAGCAGGUGCGUGACACGCUGCAGAGCGUUGAGGAGAAGUUCCUCAAGUCACUCUCUGAGCUUGCCUCGCCUGUUGGCGCGGACUACCCGCAGCUCAUUCCGCUGCUGACGUGGAUUGACUUCAGCGGGUUCUACGACCGCAACGGUGUGUAUCGUGUGCUCUACGCCGCGGGUUCGUCAACGGAGCCCAUGUCUGCUGCAUCUGCGGAGCGUCGUCGUCGUUAA